AGUCCACUCGCAGCAGAUAUGCUAGGAAACCAGUACAUUGCUGAGCGAUGUGGCUAGUGUCAUCGUCGUGGCACAACGUCGUGGGUUAGCCUUGAUAAGUAUCCUACAUUUCUCCACAAAUACUCUUUUUUUUGUUAUCAAUUUUGACAUUUGUCAGUAUGGACCACCCAGCUGGAUUCAGGCAUCGUAAGUCGAGUCAACAAGCACAAGGACAUCACAGAAGACCACAGCGAACCAAGGGCCAUGAUGGACCUACCCCUCUCUUUGACGAUACCAGUAACAUGGGGCCAGGGCAACCUGGGCCCGGGGGCACUUUCCAGGGUCAGGGGUCAUAUGGUCAACCCCAGCAACAGCAAGAGAUGAUGUUUCCUGGUCAGCAGAUAAUGAAUGACCCUAUGGCCAACAUGGCCAUGCAGUAUGGUGCCAGUCUGGCGGACCAUGGCAAAGAUGUUAUGGAGAAACAGAUUGACAGAUUCAUGUCAUUGAGCAAGUUGAAAUACUACUUUGCAGUGGACACAACGUAUGUUGCUAAGAAGCUGGCCAUACUUCUCUGUCCCUUCACACAUACGGAGUGGACCAUUGGCUACAACCAGCAGGAUGAGCCAGUGGCCCCUAGGUAUGAGGUGAAUGCACCAGACCUGUAUAUCCCCGUCAUGGGCUUCGUCACCUACAUACUUCUGGCUGGGGUGGCUCUGGGAAGGCAAGACAAAUUCAGCCCAGAGCAGUUAGGUAUACAGGCGAGUACGGCACUGGUCUGGUUGAUCAUUGAGAUAGUGGCUGUACUCCUGACACUGUACAUAAUGAACAUCCAUACAGCACUGCGGAAACUUGACCUGGUGGCAUUCUGUGGCUACAAAUAUGUGGGAAUGAUUGUUUGUGUUCUUGCCAGUAUUCUAUUUCAAUCCCUCGGCUACUACAUUGCGCUCCUGUACUCCAGCAUCUCAAUAAUGUUCUUUUUGGUCCGGAAUAUGAAGCUGAUCAUCCUGCCAGAGUCCCACGAAGAUAGCAUUGGCCAUGGCAACAAGCGACGCUUGUAUCUCCUGCUAUUCAUUGCCAUCAUCCAGCCAGUCUUCAUCUAUUGGCUGACGGCUCAUCUGACUGGUGGUCCACUCAAGACAAAGGACUGAAUCCAUCCUACGCCGUCAUUCCUAGCAGAUAAAGUUGACGUGUUUACUUAGCCAUCGGUAUUACAAUGUGGUUUAGGUCACGCAUGUCUUUAAGUGGUCUUACCAAACCUCUAAAUAUGUUUGCGUUUAUUUUUUGGGUUUUUUUGUUUUUUUUAAGGAAGGGGAGCCAUUGUCAAGUGUAGAAAUAAAUCUUAUUUGUGUAAAAUAAGUGAAAAUAUAUGAAGUUACCCAGCUAUUGGCAGGUCGACUCCUUUUGACAGAAAAAGUCUACAAAUCUGACAAAAUGAGUCCUGAGUGGGUGAAGCCAUCUGGGCCCAUUUUCAAGGCGAUGCUGAGCACAUGAUUUUCUGCUAACAGAUCCUCUCGUCUAUUUCAUGGAGACUGUAAAAAUAAGCACAGCAAAAGGCACGCUUAACUUAGUGACGUAACAGUAGAAAUCUCCAUGCACGCGCGACCUUUAGUGCUAAGCACAACUUUUUUGCUAACUGUUGAGAAACGCCGUGAAAUUUGGUCCUGAUGACUCAAACAGAUUGUUUAUGGUAAAGACGCUAUAUAAAUAUUCCAAGUUUUUUGUGCAGUGAUGCAAAGCUGAGUUAUUAAAGCAUAUUUAUUCCUAUCCCAAAACAGCAAACUAAAUCCAUAAAGCCUUAAGGUUUCCAGGUAAAAAAGAAAAGGUCAUUUUUGUUGUUCCUUUUUUACAAUAGUUGCGCUUUGUCAAUGGCAAGCCAACAUGAAAAUUAGGAGCAGUAAUCAGCUGAGGUCAACAUGAUACAGCAUGUGUUCAGCUCUGUCUCUGAAACUGAGGCCGCUUCUAAAUCUAGGGCUAUUGUCUAGGCCUUCAAUGCUGACAAUAGACAUAGUUCUGGGCAUCUGUUUGGUGCAUGGCCUAUUACAUGGUGCUUUGUAAACGUGCUGCAUAUUUACCCCUGGCCUUGUUGAUUAAAAACGUCCUGACCCUGCCAGGUUGAGAGAAGAUGACCCCUUUCUGACAAAACGUACUUAAAUUUCAUUUGAAGGGAUAGUUGAGGAACAGGGUAGGUUUCAAACUGCUGAGGAUUUGAGUACAUCGUACAUGCAACUGCCCUUCAGUACACAUCAUGUUUACCGUUGUUAGGAUAAAUACAAGUCAGUGGCAUAGCGGGGUAAGGUUGUUCUUCCCUCCCCAUCCUCCACAAAUAGGAAGACUCGACUAACCACACCCAUGAACUUAUGCAGAACACACAUACAUUUUAACACACGCCCAUCAAGUGCCGCUCCUUGUCCAACAUCUAAGAGCUCUGUGUGUUAUUCUGCAUGUUGGUUUGGCAUAUAGACUUGGACAUUAAUACUCCAGGAGGUUUGUACAUGUUUAGUGGAUCUAAUCUACCUUAAAUUGGGUGGCGACCUAUCAAAUUGCAGUUUGGGGCCAACAUUUUUAGUUUCUGCCAUCUUCAUCGGUUAGGAAGCAUAAUAGCUUUUCAGUGAAUAUCAGUUUACUCUUGUAAGUGCCGUGUUCCAAUCCUUCAAAUACCUUCUAAAAUUAACAUUAAACAAAUAUAAUUCGUUACACUCGGUAGUUGUUACUUCAUAGGCCAUUGUAUACAUUGCUGGUCUAUUUUCCCAUGUUUGGACUAUUCAGUUAAAUUCAUUUAACUACAAUAUGACAAAUUUAAAGGUAGAGAUAUCCACAAUGUGAGCGUGUAAAGAGACCCCUGGAACUUGUGUACACCACAUAAAGAUAAACUUUAAUCUCCCACAUAAUUAUGAGGAAUUGUCCCAAAGUUUGUUGCACUGACGGCCCUCUCAAGACAAAAAACAGAGAUGAAACUGGCCUUGGCAAAACAAAUCUGAAAUUGAAUUGGUGUGUUUGGCAAAGUUUGCGGUAAUCAAUGGCCCAACACCGUGUUGUUGUUCCUACAACCUCUAGUUUGAAAUUAUAAUGAAAAAAAAAAGUUUUGUGGAAAAAUCGUUAUAUAAUCGUCUUUGUGGGAUCGUUAAAAAAAUCUGAAAUUCCACUGAAAAAUUUUUAAAAAUCUGCUGUCAGAUUAAAAUCUGAAAGGUUUCAUCUCUAAAAAAGGAUAAAAGGACUGAGUUCAUCCUACGCAUUAUUAUAACAAAGCGGUUUAAGUCACUCAUGUCAAAUUCAUGCAUUCUGUCCCUGGCCUUGCUGAAACUCUGAAUAUUAUGUUUACCUUCAAUUUCAAAUUUGUUCUUAGAAAAAAAAUAUAAUUUGUGUAAAUUAAGCGAAGAUUAGUAGUGAAUUUGCCCACUUUUGCAGGGUGACUACUUUUGACAGAGUUGUACUUGGAGAUAGGUGGUCUAAUCUGAUAAAAUGAUUCCAAAGUGGGUGAAGUCAUCCUAUGUGUCAAAUAGAUUUUGUAUGAUAAGGAUGCUAUACUAAUAUUAGGAUGGGCGGGUCAUCUUAACCACAAUUCUGUAUUUUCGUGCAUCUUCGGUUGGGUUUUUGUUUGCUUGUUUUGUUGUUUUUCCCCUCAAAAAAACUUGAUGCCCAUUUAAGGGCAUGGGCAUCACUAAGUAAAUCAAUAAUAGCCAUUGUUGUUGUGAUCAAAUAAUGUGCAGGGCUGUACAUCUACUGUGGUAUUUUAAAGUGUACUCCAUGCAACUGGAGUUAGUGCUCAUCGGCAGUUUUCUUACUUAUGUGAACACAUCCCAAUAGAAGCAUGCGUCAUUGUUUUGUUCCUGUCGUCUUAAGUGCAUGCGAUAUAAGCUUUUGUCUAAGUACCCUUUUUGUAAAAUAAACCAUUCGCAUCUCAUUACGCAUAAAA